CUCUCAGGUCUUUGGCAUCUGACUGGUCACUUCUCAGCUGGCUUCAGUUAUGGCUGCACAUGUCCCCAUGGCUCCUGGCCUUCCACAGAUGCUCAAGGCAGGCAUGAAGUACUUCAGCGGCCUCCAGGAAACGCUCUUCAGCAACAUCACAGCCUGCAAAGCUUUGGUGCGUUCCCUGCGUACCUGUUAUGGUCCAUUGGGCCACAACAAGCUGGUGAUCAACCAUCUUGGCAAGUCAUUCCAUACCUCCCACGCUGCCACCAUCUUGCGCGAACUGGAGCUGGAGAACCCUGUGGCUUGCUUGCUAUGCUCAGCUGCCGAAACACAAGAGGAGGAGACGGGAAAUGGCACAAAUUUUGUUAUCCUCCUGGCAGGAGCACUUUUGGAGAAUGCUGAGAAGCUGCUAAGAUCAGGACUGCCGGUGGUCCAUGUCUGGUCUGGCUAUGAGAUGGCUUGCAAGGAAGCUUUGCGCCUGCUGCCCACACUGGUGUGCCACAUGAUGAAAAACCCACGUGAUGAGGAUGAGGUAAUGUGGAUCCUGCAGGCCAUUGUGGGCAGUAGAAUCUUUGGUCACCAGAAGUUCUUGUCCAAAUUGGUAGCCAAGUCCUGCAUUUUGGUGCUGCCUCCAGACAACACCUUUAACCCGGAUCUCAUCCGCAUAUGUAAAAUCCCAGGGGGUGACAUCACCAACUCCUGCAUAGUGGCAGGUAUGGUCAUCUGCACAGAAGCUGAAGGAACAGUCAAGCGGAUGGAGAGAGCUCAUAUAGCGGUCUACUGUUGCUGCUUUGGCCCACCUAGAUUGGAAGCAAAGGGCACAGUUGUCUUUGGAAAUGCAACAGAAAUGAAGGUCUAUACCAAAGGAGAAGAGCGGCUAUUGGAGCAGCACAUUCGGGGCCUUGCCAAGGCUGGCAUCAAUGUGGUGGUGGUUGGAGGAAAGGUGGACGAUUUGGCACUCUUCUAUGCCAACCGGUACAGGAUACUGGUGGUUCGGCUGACCUCCCACAUGGAGCUGCAACGUCUGUGUACAGCUGUGGGAGCCACCUUAUUGCUCAACUUAGCUGUGCCAUCCCAAGAAGAGAUUGGGCACUGCCACCGUGUCUAUAUGACCGAAAUCGGCAGCACCAACACAGUCAUUUUCAGUCAAGAUGACACCCCUUGCCCUGUCGCCACUAUUGUGCUUAGAGGAGCCACCAAGGAUAUGCUGGACUGCUUGGAAGAAGCCAUCCGUGAUGGAGUCAACGUCUACAAGAUUAUGGGCAAUGAUGGGCGACUGUUGCCAGGGGCCGGUGCCACAGAGAUGGCACUAUCAGUGCGACUCAAUACCCUGGGGAUGUACUACCCAGGAUCUGAGCAGUAUGGGGUCUUGGAAUUCUCGCAAGCAUUGAAAACCCUCCCAGCCACCCUGGCUGAAAAUUCAGGUCUCCCAGUCAAUGAAGUGAUGGCAAAGAUAGAGGUGCAGCACCAACUGGGCAUACAGAACACUGGCAUCAACUUGGCCAUGGAGGAAGGUGGCACAAUCGACACUGUCAAGGAAGGCCUCCUGGAUCCAUUCUUAGUAAAACAACGAGGCAUUGUGUUGGCCACUGAGAUGGCAGUCACACUCCUGGGAGUGAGUGAGGUCAUUGUAGCCAAGAAGAGUGGAGGACCAAAAGUUAGAGGGGAAAAUCCCAACUGGGACAAAGAACCAGAUGCAUUAGAUUGAGAGGGGCCUCCCUUCUCCCUAAAGAUUAUGGGGACCCUCCUAUAAAUAAAGUACAAUUCAG